GUUUGUAAUCUUUCACUGUGACUCAGGCCUUCAAUCACCUGACAUUUACGGGCCAACGUUACAGUACGCUCCGUCUGCCAGCUGCUGGCGUCCGGCAGAUACAGUACGUGAACUGGGCCGGGCUUGUGCUUCGUAGUGCUAGUGCACCACCUUCGCAACACCUAGAGCAAUUCCAUCCCGGCGCAAACUGUCCGCCGCGACAUGCUUCGAAGUCGCACUAUCCUACACUAGACAGCUCUAUGCCGCCCAUCUCGCGCAUCCGUCGACCUUUGAGACCGAAUUGCGGACCGUGACGGGAACCGGAGCAGAGCCGAAGCCGCCAUGUCGACGUCGUCAUUGACGGCCAGCGUCUCCGAGUCGUUCGUCAUUCCGGAUACCGCACCCUCGGAGAACGAUGAGGUCGAUUCCUUGCCAUCCAUUUCGAGCAGCGUUCUUGACUCGGAAGAGGACUACUCAGACGCGCAGAGGGAGUGGGAGGAGAGCUUGGAACAGCUGCAGCUCCUGCUCACCAUGAUCAUCAUGCCCUUUGCCGGCAAAUAUUUUGGCCGCAAGUUUGCCUACUGGAGUUGGGCAAGGUACAUGGAGUGGAUGCACAAUGUCGAGAUCCGGUGGACGAGCCCUGCCAGCUUCAAGGCGGCCGGCGCCAUACAAGCUGCAUCUACAUUAUGACUCAGGGGUGGAUGGGCCAAUUCAAGCCAUCUGUAAAUACCGGCUAGAGCAUUGGAGAGGAUUAUACACCACGGCGUUUGGGAGUUACGGACUGUUUCUGAUUACUUUCCGAUCACGAAGCUGUGUCUUAACGGCUCCUAUUAUUUUGAGGAUCUCAUUACUUUGACAUGAAUUAUCGUUCAUUGCAAUGCUAAUACUACAUACAGGAGCCCGCCCCUUAUUCCUCGUCCAUAGGCCUGCCCCAGCAAAACCAUUCCAUCCAGUCAUAUACCCAUUAAAUAUCUUGUUCCGUUUUCAUGUGUACGGCCCGGGCCAUAAGGAAUAAGACGCUCAUAAACCAUCAUACACAUGCAGAGCCAAUAACAUCCUCAUCGUGUUCGUAACAUCCCAAUCCAAUUUCCCAUCAUCUCCCGAUCGA